UGGCGAGCACGUCAAGGUCUGUUUUUCUCAUUUAUUUUUAUUCCUGUUACCGUCGUACAGAAGUAAUUUGUUUAUAAUACUGUAUGACUGAAUUUUAAUAAUGUUGGUUAAGAUUCUACAAUUGAGGCAAAUAAGGUGGUGUGCUAUGCUCACCCCGACGCGCCGCUUAUCGAGGAUUACCGGGCAGGUGACAUGAUCUGCUCGGAAUGCGGCCUUGUCGUGGGAGACAGAGUAAUUGACGUGGGUUCAGAAUGGCGUACAUUCAGCAACGAGAAGUCGGGAGUAGACCCCUCUCGUGUCGGUGGGCCCGAGAACCCCCUCCUCUCAGGUGGAGACCUUUCCACAAUCAUCGGCCCUGGCCGUGGCGAUGCUUCAUUUGACAGUUUCGGUGUAUCAAAGUAUCAGAACAGACGCAAUAUUAGCAGUACAGACAGAGCACUGAUUAAUGCGUUCAGAGAGAUCAACACAAUGGCUGACCGCAUUAAUCUUCCCAAAACAAUUGUGGACAGGGCUAACAAUUUGUUUAAACAGGUACACGAUGGCAAAAACUUAAAAGGCCGAGCAAACGACGCUAUUGCAUCAGCUUGCUUAUACAUCGCCUGCCGCCAGGAGGGCGUGCCCCGUACAUUCAAAGAGAUCUGUGCCGUCAGCAAAAUCAGCAAGAAAGAGAUUGGCCGGUGUUUCAAACUCAUCCUCAAAGCUCUCGAGACCUCGGUGGAUCUCAUCACUACAGCAGACUUCAUGUCUCGGUUCUGUUCAAACUUGGGGCUCCCGAACUCUGUGCAAAGGGCCGCCACGCAUAUUGCGAGGAAGGCUGGAGAGCUGGAUAUUGUGUCUGGACGAAGUCCUAUUUCAGUGGCCGCUGCUGCUAUUUAUAUGGCUUCCCAGGCAUCAGAAGACAAACGCAGUCAGAAGGAGAUCGGCGACAUCGCCGGCGUGGCAGACGUCACCAUCCGGCAGUCCUAUAAGCUCAUGUACCCGUUCGCUGCCAAACUCUUCCCCGAUGACUUCAAGUUCGCCACACCCAUCGAGUUCCUCCCACAGAUGUAGACUGUAUGUGCAAACAGUAAUGACAAUAUUUAUCACUAAAUGUGUUGACGUCAGUAAUAUUGACAGUACUUAUCAACAUACAAGGCAUGGAAGCAAAUUAUUGCUGACAGUGUUCGAGGACCAGCAUGACAAUUAUC